AGUAAGAGACUUCGUCGGAGUUCGAGAGGUAUUGCAGCAAUGGCUUCUUUGCAGUGCCACAAAACCGCCGAGAAAGGGAUGGGUCAAGGAUAUUAUGGCGGCGGUUCCAGUUGGGGAUCACAGUCGAACCAGUACCAGAAUGGCUAUUCAAUGUCUUACAGCGAACACGAACGCCAUGCCCAAAUCCGCUGCCCCACCUAUGGGAUGAGCGAAUCCCACACUGCUUACGAAUAUGGAAAAUCUCAUGGCACCCACAAGCACCAAAACGGGAAUGCAAUGUCGAAACCUCAAAUCCAUGGUCAUGGGAAUGGCUACAUGAAUGCUCCGAGUCAAGGACAUGGCUAUAACCAUCAGUCCGGCCCUGGAAAGAACCACGGCCCUGGCUAUGGCUAUGGCUAUGGGCAUAACGGAACCAACGGCCAUGGAAUGCCGCACAGCCCACCGCACCACGGGCACGGAGGCAAACUGUCAGGCCACGGAAAUGGGUACAUGAAGCCCCAAGCAUAUGGCCACGGCGGAAACAUGGACUACGGAAUGACCGAAACCGAAACUCGCGAGUAUCGUAGCGAAGUGUACUAUUCCAACGGGUCGCACUGCAACAGCGGAGGCCGUGGACGCCUUGCCGAGAAAGGCACCCAGGCGGUUAAGGGUCUGGUGGGAAAGAUAAAGAAUGGCCUUUCAGGUAAGAUCAGGGGCAGUGACAGCGAAAGCGACAGUGAUGACGAUGGUCGCCGGAGGAGGACGGUCUGCGUAAGCAAGGCGUUAUGAUGGAACUCUAAGCACAUGAUAAUACCAAACAUGGUGAAGAUGUUGGCAAUAUAAAAGCCAGACAAUAUAAAAUAAAAUCGCCAUGGGAAGAAAUGAACAAAAGAAUAAUUAAAGAUCUGUGUCUUGAUGUUUC